CCAAACUAUUGUGCCAAAGUGAAUGUUCCAUGCGCAGCUCUGUAAGAACCACUGAUACAAGUGAAUUGUUUUGAAAAAUUAUUUCAAAAUACGCGAGAACGUGUACUCGAUGAUAUUGGAAAAAAUUGUUAAAUCUGCGGAUAAACUAUGGACAAGUACGACGUGCUGGGACAAGUCGGGGAAGGCUCAUUCGGUCAGGUUUAUAAAGCCAAAAAAAGAACGGACGGGGAGAUAGUAGCGUUUAAGGUUAUACGAAAGCGUGGACGAUCUUUGAAGGAACUGAAGAGCCUGCGACAAGAAUGUGAAAUUCAACGUCAUCUCCAUCAUCCAAAUAUCAUACAAAUGCUGGAUUCUUUCGAAACUGAAAACGAGAUCGUAGUAGUGACAGAAUACGCUGAUAAAGAACUGUACGAAAUAUUGGGAAAAGCUGGACGAUUGUCAGAAGAAAGAGCACAAGUCAUUGCCUGUGAUCUCGUCUCUGCCCUUUACUAUCUGCAUUCAAACAGAGUGUUACAUAGAGAUUUGAAACCUCAGAAUGUGUUGCUCGAAGCUAAUGGAGUGGCGAAGCUGUGCGACUUUGGAUUUGCACGGAGUAUGAGCACCGGCACUCACGUAUUGACUUCUAUAAAAGGUACUCCUUUGUAUAUGGCUCCGGAACUAAUUGAGGAAUGUCCGUAUGACCACAACGCCGAUAUAUGGUCCUUGGGCUGUAUAGUUUACGAGCUAGUUGUUGGUACUCCUCCGUUUCAAACGACUUCCAUACUCCAUUUGGUUAGAUUGAUACGGUUUGAGGCAGUCAAGUGGCCAGAUUAUAUUUCGGAAAACUGCAAGAGCUUUCUACAGGGCCUACUGCAAAAAGAUCCAUCCCAACGACUAACAUGGCCCGACCUGUUAGAGCACCCGUUUGUCAAAGAUAGGAUCUUGACUGUUGGUGGUGCAGCACCAACACCAUUUACAACACCUUUAUCCGCAAGUCAAGCACGAGCUAAACAACAGCAGCUAAAAAAUCUUGCAAUGAGGUCUACGAGUCAAUCAAAAGUUCUCGAGAAGGCUGUGCAAAAAAUACAGGAACAGGAACGACAGUUGAGGGAACAUCGUCGCGGGACCUGUAUAUCCCAGCCCCGUUAUCCAAUGACCCGUGGUUACUGUCAAAAUCGACAAUGUCGCGUGCUCCGGCACAGUGAGCCAAGCGGGACGGAUUCUAGUGCCAGCGUCGAUGUGCUUAUAGGAAAUCCAAGUCUAAGGGCGUCAUUGAGGAGUGACUUGCUUGCAGCAGAUCAUGCUAUUUGCCACAAUGAUUGCCCUAACACGAUCCCUGGGCGACAAAAGGAUUCUAAAACUGUAGAGACCGUGCCCCCAGUAGUUGUAGACGAAGCAGUAAAAAGUCGAGUCGAAAAAGGAAUGAGUGCCAUACGAUGGACGUCGAAAGAAAACCAAAUAACAGAUAAUAAUUCUCAGGCACAAGGGGAUGGUACUGGGAUUGGUUCCAGACUCAAAUGUGCACUUGAAGAAGUACCUGGUGCUAACGGAGACUAUGUGCAGAGCAGACUGAGUUUUGAUUACGAACAAGAAUUUAGUGAAAAUUUGGCCAGCAAGCAGGUGAGAUUAUCGGAUUGGGAUCCGAGGGCAGUAGAACAGCCCAUAGAAAACGAAGAAUGGGUUGCAUUCCUCCAAAGAUCGAUGGAAGAAGUGAUGGAUGGAGAAGUGGCUUCCCUAUUGCAACAAAACUGUGUUUCCGUGUUCGUCUCCCCUCUACGAAAUUCAGCCGCUGGUUGCAGGGUUGUUGAAUAUGUCGCUUGUCUUCUUUCGCUACCCUUUGUGGUUCCUGUCAGCGUGGAAUAUCUGAAUAAAAUUAAACAAGUCUACCUCGACGUCAGGGUCGUACCUAAUCUAGUUUACGCGGUCAAGCUGCUCAUGUCUGAACGCGGAGAGGACUCUACUCCACCUCCCACAGCAGAUACUCGAUCCGCGUCAACCUUAUCUGCUGACGAAUUGCAAGCUCUCGAAUGCGUGAUGCUGGUUCUCUGCCGACUAGUUUAUGUGCAGGAGCAAUUUCUCACUCAGUUCUGCGACGCUGUUUACAUCGUGAAUGGUAUGCCGCUCCUGCAACAGCUACUUACUCUAGAAAAAAGGAAAUCCCGAGUCGUUGCUGACCUUGUCGCUAUACUCAACAACGUUUUAAGGUGUCAGCCUGAAAAUGCUGAACUCGUGGAGAGAGUCGUUCUGCGUACCAAAGCUCCGGUAGAACAACUUGGAAAAUUACUAACGCAUAGACAAAGUGUGCUUCGGGUAAGGAGUUGCACGCUAGUCAGAUUACUCGGAAGAUUCAGCUGCAGGGCUUUACAACAGGCUUGGGGUAGGCCGCUCAGAAAUCUCCUGGAGAGUCUUACCAUGGAUAACGAAGACAUCGUACGAAACGCCGCUGAGGCUGCGGUUAGCGAGUUGAAGCAGCUCCUGUAUUACAACCAGCAAAGUCCGACAGGUUAAAGAAGAUAUUCACCCCCAAAAACAAUGAAGGAAAUUGUGAAAUCAUUCAAUCAUAUUUCAGAAUAAGCUUAAGUUUAUUGUGAAGUAGCUGAGACUAGUUUAUAGAACAGUAUAAAUGUUGCUGGAGCAUUCAAUUUUCUAUGCACAUUCCGCUGCGAGUAAAGAUGAAUUUCAUCGAUUAACUCUAAAACAGUUUGAUAUUUUUUAUAACUCGUGUUAGACAAUAAAUACGGUCUUCCAUAUUAUA